UGCUGUCAGGAGCGCACUAGAGGCCGGACGGUGGCGGGAUCCGACGUCUGACUGGACCCGGCUGACUGAACUGAGCGCGGCAGCGGCGGCGAGGGCUGCGCGGCCCCGGCUCCCCGCCAGGUCGCAGAGACUAGCAGGGUCUAGCGGGCAGCCGGCGGCGCAGGCACAAUGGGGAACCGGGAGAUGGAGGAGCUGAUCCCUCUGGUGAACCGUCUGCAGGACGCCUUCUCCUCGCUGGGACAGAGCUGUCUGCUGGAGCUGCCGCAGAUCGCCGUGGUGGGCGGCCAGAGCGCCGGCAAGAGCUCGGUGCUCGAGAACUUCGUGGGCAGGGACUUUCUCCCUCGAGGGUCAGGCAUUGUCACGAGAAGGCCUCUUGUGCUGCAGCUUGUUACUUCCAAAGCAGAAUAUGCAGAAUUUCUACAUUGCAAAGGAAAAAAAAUUACAGACUUUGAUGAAGUUCGCCAUGAGAUUGAAGCAGAAACAGAUAGAGUAACCGGAAUGAAUAAAGGGAUUUCCUCCAUACCCAUUAAUUUACGGGUCUAUUCCCCACAUGUGUUAAAUCUAACCCUUAUUGACCUUCCUGGAAUUACUAAAGUGCCCGUGGGAGAUCAGCCACCAGAUAUUGAGUACCAGAUCAGAGAAAUGAUUAUGCAGUUCAUCACACGGGAGAGCUGUCUGAUUUUGGCUGUUACCCCAGCCAACACCGAUCUUGCAAACUCAGAUGCACUGAAACUAGCUAAAGAAGUUGAUCCUCAGGGUCUAAGAACCAUUGGAGUCAUCACCAAACUGGAUCUUAUGGAUGAGGGAACGGAUGCCAGGGAUGUCCUAGAGAAUAAGCUGCUGCCGCUUCGCAGGGGUUACGUGGGGGUGGUAAACAGGAGCCAGAAGGACAUAGAUGGGAAGAAGGAUAUAAAGGCUGCCACGUUGGCAGAAAGGAAAUUUUUUCUCUCACACCCGGCUUACAGACAUAUUGCUGAUCGGAUGGGGACCCCACACCUUCAGAAGGUCCUUAAUCAGCAACUUACCAACCACAUUCGAGACACCCUACCUAACUUCAGGAACAAACUACAGGGACAGUUGCUGUCCAUAGAACACGAAGUAGAAGCCUAUAAAAACUUCAAGCCAGAAGACCCCACCAGGAAGACCAAAGCAUUGCUGCAGAUGGUUCAGCAAUUUGCUGUGGACUUUGAGAAGAGAAUUGAAGGGUCAGGGGAUCAAGUAGAUACCCUGGAGCUCUCAGGGGGUGCUAAAAUCAAUCGUAUUUUCCAUGAACGUUUUCCUUUUGAGAUAGUAAAGAUGGAGUUCAAUGAGAAAGAACUGCGAAGAGAAAUAAGCUAUGCAAUCAAAAACAUACAUGGUAUCAGGACAGGAUUGUUUACUCCAGACAUGGCAUUCGAAGCAAUAGUCAAAAAACAAAUUGUAAAGCUGAAAGGGCCUUCCUUGAAGAGUGUAGAUCUGGUAAUACAAGAAUUAAUCAACACUGUCAAGAAGUGUACCAAAAAACUGGCAAACUUCCCCAGACUCUGCGAGGAAACGGAAAGGAUUGUUGCUAACCACAUUCGUGAGCGAGAAGGGAAGACAAAGGACCAGGUACUGCUGUUGAUCGACAUCCAAGUCUCCUACAUCAACACCAACCACGAAGAUUUCAUUGGCUUCGCAAACGCUCAGCAGAGGAGCAGUCAGGUUCACAAGAAAAACACAAUUGGAAAUCAGGGAACCAAUCUUCCGCCUUCAAGGCAAAUUGUGAUUCGCAAGGGAUGGCUAACCAUCAGCAACAUUGGCAUCAUGAAAGGAGGCUCUAAGGGAUACUGGUUCGUCCUUACUGCUGAAAGCUUAUCCUGGUACAAAGAUGAUGAGGCUUUUGAAAAUGUCCAAAUCACGGUCUUCAAGUGA